AAAGAGAAAUUUUAGAACCAGAAAAAAUUUUUACCGAACAAGAAAAGAGACAAAAUAAAGAAAUUGAUUUUGCUUUUGCUGAGAAGUAUGAACUGUUAAGGGGAGGAGUUAUAGAAGAGAUUGAUUGCGGCACCGGUUUUUGUAAUUGCCCUGAAACUAACUUUCUGCUUACCAAGGAGGAUAAAAACAAAGCCAUAGAAAUUAUUAACCAAGAACUAGAAAAAAAACAAGCCGUUAUUCAUUGGGAAAAUGGCCAAAAAGAACUUGUAUCCGAAAAGGAUUUACCACUUGUUCUCCCUCCUCUAACCGAUUUUGCUCCUAACCCGAAUUAUUACGCUCCUUUACAAAAAGCAGAAAAUUGA